AAUCUUCACAGUAAAAGAAAAGAAGUAAAACCAUCCCCACCUUAAAAAAAAAAAAAAAAAAAAUCGCUUCUCUUCUACUGACUGAAUUUUCAUGUUUCGUGAGUUUCUCCCGUUUUUCACAUUUUGUUUUUCUUCAAUUUAACGUUUGAUAACUAUCUAAUUAAUGAAAGUUCAAAGAUUUUUUCUUUUAAUUUUUCAUUUCUCAUUUAGGUUGCAUUUUGCAUUUUCUUUCUUUAAUUGUGAAAAUGAAUUUUUGUUCCCAGAUACUAAUUAUAAUUGUUGAUUUUCUAGGUGUGCUUAAUUUUUACUCUAUAUGAUCUAACAAUUCACGGGUAAAGUUUAUUUCAAAAACGAAAAAAAGCAUGGGUUAAUUUUUUGCAAGUUAUAGUGGUUGAUUUUUCUGGGUUGUGAGUAAUAAUGGAUUUGAAUGAAGUACCCGAUGAUCAGACGGGUUUGAAGGAAACGAAAAUUGAAGAAAAAAUUAAGGGUUUGAACAAGAACAAGGGUGCUCUUGAAGGAGUAAAUAGCAGUGAGUUGUCUUUGAAUGAUUGGAAUAUGGAGAGUGGUGAUGUGCGUAGAUUAAUUAUUGAGAAUAAAGUUUUGAAAUAUCAGAGAGAUCAGGCGAUUAAGGAAGUUGAAAUCUGGAAGCGGAAAUGCAAGGAAUUGGAGCUUCGCAUGGCUGAAUUGAAGGGGAAAUUGAAGGAAGAUAGCUCAAUGAAUGGUGCGAGUGAUAGAGCAAUUCUAAUCGAAGCUAAUAAAGCUGAGAAAAGUUGUGAUCAGAAGAUUACUCCAGUGACUCCAGCCAAACCAAAGCCUUUAUCUGCUGCUGUUAUUGAUAUCGUUGGUAGUGAGGAGCGUGAUGUCCAUGCUAGCCACAAAUCGAAUCCACCGAGCGAGGGAAUUUCUGCUACGAUGUCAGAAGAAUAUGGUGCUGAUCAAGCAGGUGGAAUCACGGAUGGGGACGAAAAGAGUGGUGGCACGGCAAUUACUGCAUCUGUGACCCCCAUGAGCAAGAGAAUGCGCGACCUUAUGGUGGUCACGAGUGAUGAUGAUUCUGAGGAUUAUGAACGUAAGCCCAGUAAACGAGCUAUUAAAAUAGAGAACAGUGAUACCGAGGAUGAAGAUGGUAAUGAUAUUACACCAGCAAGACAGGUUUUGGGCGGGGUUCCUAGUGAGAGCGAAGAUGAUGAUGAUAGAAUUCCUUUGAGUCGACUCAAGAGAAAAUGUGCUCAAGUCUCGAGGCAACCUGCUGGAACCUCAAAUUCAAAUCAGCCAAGGAGAUGCCUUGUUAAAAUUGGACAAGCUCAAAUGAAAAAUCGAGCUCAGGAAAUAGAAAAUGAUGACGAGUCAUCAUCAGAAAGUAGACUCAAUAGCUCAAACAGUUUCAUUGUGGAUGACUCUGAUGACGAGGAUCUGGAAGAUGAUGAGCCGAAAGAAGGUGGGAACGAUUCAUACGACCAGGAAGAGAGUUCAGAUAGUGAUCUUGAUUAUGCAGAUAUAAUUUCUAAAUUUAGAAGCAGAAGAAAUCCCAACUCAAAAUGGAUUCAUGAAGGUGAUAUGCUCUCGGAUUUUGGUAAAAAUCCUGUGUUGUGCUUGAAGGCUGUAUGCGCUCUUUAUCGCCUACAAACCAAUGAAGAGAAGGCAUGCAAGAUAAGUCUCUUUCAUAAUGGACGAGGCUUUAGCAGAAUAGAUGCAACGAGUGGAACACAUUUGGGGGAGUUUCUUACUGACGGGGAUCCAAAAGGCGAUCUAGUGAAAUCUGUGGAGGAGUUGAAAGAGCAUGAUCGCGAUGGAGUUGAAAAGUGUCGUAGAUUGGCACAACACUAUUCUAAGCAACUGUUCAAGAUCUACGAGAGCGGAGAAGAUCCCUUCUUCCCAUAACAGCUUCUUCAAACAUGGGAUGAUUUUGGUAUGUAUAUAUUUUGCACAACUAUCUCUAGGGUAUUUUGUGCAACUUUCUAGUUCUUACGAAACUAUAACCUUCUUCCGGGUAUCCCUAUAUUAAGUAUGGUUACUACUAACUACUAGUGAAUAGUGAUGUAGUAAACUAGUAAUCUAGUAUGUAUAUAAAACUUUGUUUCCGGGUAAGUAUCCUAUAUCCAUGUAACCCUUCUUUCAUUAUAAUCUGCUUAGUGACAUUGGACUAAUGUUAUCCUAGCAUACAUGGCAGGUUGUCAACCGGUUAUAAUGGGUAAUUUAUUUACUAGUUUUUGAUACUGCAACAUUAUAUAAAUCAUGUAAGAGUUUUUGAAAAAAAAUGUUGCAAUUUCAAUGGAAUGGAGAGAGUAUGGAGGAGCUCAUCAAUGGCUGCGCUAGCCUUGUUUAUUACAUUGAACCCAUGAAGACCUUUCAUUGGUAACUCUUCAUUUUCAUGUUUCUUUUGAUGACUUGAUAAAUUAUUAAGAUGAAUUUAUUUUGGGGUAGGAUCGGUAUUAAUUCGUUCUUUUUAAUGAUUAGUUUAUCGUUUCGUUCAGAAAAUCGCUAACAAUGUUUGCAUAACAUCUCUUAUGUAAUACCGCGAUUUGCUAACAAUGUGUUAGCGGUUCGCUUAACUUUCUUGUUGCCUCCAAACACUAAUUCUACAUGGCGGGUACGUAAUUGAGAAAUAAAAUUUUUAAGGCGGUAUUUUAGAAACUUUAAUCUUUUUAAAUACUGUUUAUGAAAAAAUUCCUUUUCUUGUAACUUGUAAACAUAUCUUAUUUUUUUUAUAUAAUUGAUGAAGCUCAGAGACG